GGCAGAAUGAGAAUCGCAGUGUAUAUAUAAUUUGAUCUACAAAGAGAAAGAAUAUAGCAUUAUAUCUACAACUAGAUUGAAAGCAUAGUUAGUACCUUAAAAACACCAAGACAAUGGCAACCAUAAAACUUCCCGAGCUUUCUGUAUACCGCUACUCAAGCAAUGAUCCAAGCAGGCGCUUUACGGUUACGAAUCCUGCCACAGGCAAGAUACUCACCACAGUCCAGGGCGGAGAUCCCACCACCAUCGACGCAGCCGUGCGUGCCUCACAGGUAGCUUUCGAAGAGCGCUGGCGGCCCUUAACUCACGCCCAGCGGUCGGCAUAUCUCCUCCGCUGCGCCGACGAGCUCGAGAAGCAUCUCGACGAACUCUCCACCCUAAUAUGCAUGGAGAACGGGAAACCCUUUUUAGAUGCCAAGCUAUUCGACUGCGGCGUCCUCGUGCGAGCGUUCCGAUUCUAUGGGAGCUUGGCGGACAAAUUGCCUUCCGCGUUCUACGAUAGGGGCCCCCUGUAUACAACUGUGAUUCACGAGCCAUACGGCGUGUGCGUCGGCAUUCUGCCCUUCAAUUGGCCACCUAUCUUCGCUGGCAGCAAACCGGCGCCCGCGCUUGCGGCGGGCAAUACGUUUAUCUUAAAGCCAGGCGAGCAGGCGCCGCUAACGGUGCUUCGGAUCGUUGAGAUCCUGGAACCUAUCUUGCCGAAAGACGUAUUGCUGGCCGUACCAGGGUUCGGGCCUGAGAUCCCGCAAGCCUUAGUGGCGCACCCACUCGUUAAGAGGGUUACCUUCACAGGGUCGACAGCCGCUGGAGCAGCGGUAGCACGGACUGCUGCCGAUUCCAUCACACCAGUAGCACUUGAACUAGGGGGUAAGAACGCAAUGACAAUUUUCGAAGAUGCAGAUUUCGAUGCUGCGGUACGCACGACGCUCGAAGGAGCCUUCUUUAAUAAGGGCGAGGCAUGCACUGCCAGCUCGCGCAUCCUCGUGCAGCGUGGCAUCUACGACAAAUUUGUCGAGAAGUUGGCCGUCGGUGUGAAGAAGAUCAAGAUGGGUAAUGGUCUCGAUCCCACGACGCACGUUGGGCCGCAGAUAUCCAAGGUCGCACAGCAGCGCCUGCUCGAUUAUAUCGCCCUCGGAGUGGAAGAGGGCGCUAGGAUCGUCGCGCAGGCUGAGCUGCCUUCUGAUCCUGAGUGCAAAGACGGCUUCUUCAUCCCUGCGACUCUCUUUGCAGAUGUAACUGAGGAUAUGCGAAUCGCUAAAGAGGAGAUGUUCGGUGCCAUUGGUAAGUUAAUACUGAACCAGGUGUUCGGUAGGAGUUUCCUAGUUGGCUACCUCUUAACUAACAUGCGUCAAAUAGUGACCGUUACACCCUUCGACACUUUCGACGAUGCAGUUCGCAUCGCAAACUCGGUAGACUACGGCCUAACCGCUAUCGUAUUUACCAAGGAUCAGGUGAAGGCGAAUCGCUAUGUUCGGGCGGUCGAGGCCGGGAUGGUAAGUUGCGCAUAGCGCGAUGCAUUUUAAAAUAUACACCGGUGAGAAGACUAACCACUUCGUAGGUUUGGGUAAACAACUAUCAUAGGAACGUGGUAGGCACACCGUUUGGUGGUGUGAAGCAUUCCGGCUACGGCAGAGAGCAUUGCAUAGAGACGUUGUACGAAUUCACUCAACCCAAGGCCGUACAUUCGCCUUCUGGUAUGGUCGAUAUUCCGGAGUGGCGUGGUGUGGUUGACAUUUUUGGACACAGUGGAAGUGAAGUUGUCUAGGUUCAUAUUGUUUGUAAAUGGGAAGAUUGUUAAUAUAAUGCCCUGAAGUAGUACGGAUAAAGCUGAUAAAGC